GGAAAUACAGUGUAGCAUAUUUAGAUUUUACGAGAGACAGGUUUUAUCAAUCUACUUAAAGAUUUUUUGUAGUGUUUCCAAAAUAAGCGAUGAGGUAGGUCUUUUCAAACCUCACAGAGACGAUGUGAUAGCAAAGUAACGAUAGCCAGCUCCUGUUAGCUACCGUUAGUAAGGUGUCAGGUGAUAGCCGAGUUAGCGAACGUAUGUGACAACCCGGCAGCUAGCGGCAAAGUUGUUUUGGAGAAGCUUUUUGGGAGAGUAAUGCCGAUCAGCUGUUGCACAUUUUAAUGUAUAGUUGUAAAUCAACAAGGUAACCAACUGGUAAAGUCCGAUGUGUGUAUCCGUUAGCAACGUUGCGUGGUUGAAAUUCAAGCUAGCAAGAGGACAUUAAGUUAGCUUAGCUGCUACAUAAACGAUAACAUCCACCAAGCUGGACAAAACUUUGGAUUUAGUUGGGUUUAAAUCGGGCUCAGUGGGUUCGCUGACGCCUCAGAAGAAGAUGAAGAAGAGGAAGGAGCUGAAUGCCUUGAUCGGACUCGGUGACAGCAAGAGAAAGAAGACAAAAAAGGGUUCCGGUCACCGGCUUCUCCGAACCGAGCCGCCGGACUCUGAGUCAGACUCCAGCUCGGACGACGACGAGUUCAACAACCUGAGCAGCGGAGCUAAUUUUGGGAAAAGAAGCUACACACAGUGCUGUAAUGUGUGCUACCCCUUGUUUCUGUUCAUCAUACUUGCUGCCUGUGUUAUGGCCUGUGCUGGACUCAUAUGGAUGCAGAUUGCUCUGAAAGAAGACUUGGACUCGAUGAAAGAAAAGAUGCAUAGCAUGGAAUCCAGCCAGAAGGUGUCAUCAAGUGAAAUACCAAAACUAAGUGAGGACCUGAAAAACAAGGAGAGAAAGCUUGACGACAUUGAAAAUGGGGACAAAGGGUUGAGCAAGCUCUGGUCUAACCUAACAGAAAUGAACAGAAAGAUCAGUUUGCUGGACUCUGCAGUAAACCAUUUAAAGGUCAACUUGAAAUCCGCCGCCGACUUAAUCAGCCUUCCCACUACAGUUGAAGACCUUCAAAAGAGUGUUGCUACAAUUGGCAGCACACUAACAAGUGUACAGCAUGAUGUGAAGACUAUGCAGGCUGCUCUUGAAAAUCCGAAGAAAGAUGACGAGUUGAAGAAGACGAUGGACAUAACAGACCUGAGGAACGCAGUGGGUGAGGCUAACAAGACGGAGGAGCUGCAUCAUUCACAGACCGAUGAGCAGAUCCACAUCCUCCUCUCUACAAUCGCAGAUCUCCAGCAGAGAGUGUUGUCGUUAGAGAACGGGUCGAAGAAAAGCUCAAAGGUCAAAGACGCAGCAGCAAUCACCAGUAAAACUCCAGCAACCGACAUGCUGGCAGAAGCUACUACAACCAAAGCAACACCUGGGCAUGUGCAAGAGGUAGCCACACCACUGACGGAGCCACAGAAAAGCAGACUCCCACGCUUCUUAACUCCAAACCGCUCUAAGAGAAAUGCUGAGACAAUAUGCCCGAAGAGGGUGCUCCUGUCUGGUGUCAGUUCUCUGAAAGACUUGGAGGACAUCUUGCAGAAGACAGACAUUGGUCAUAAUUCACCCGGAUUGACCUAUCGAAGCCUGAGGAAAGUAUUUGGAACAUCAACUCCCAAUGCUCGUACCAUGGAGUGUUUUGACAAUGACGGAGACCACAGGUUGUCCCUGACGGAGCUGAGAGCUGCUGUAGGUGUGUGAGCACAUUGUCACUGACAGCAGUGGACAGUAUUGAACACCCAGCAGGGUCUGGGGGGUAUGAAGUUCCUGACCCUUUUCUGUAACUGCUGCACUUUUGUGAACUGAAUAUUUAUCAUACUGAUUGUGGAACAGUGGCGCUGGCAUGCCCCAUACUCACUCCCCCUCCCCCCGGUCUUUUUCAACACAAUCUCAUACACAAAAUGUACGCCUAAAUUUUAAAAUGAAUCCAUACGAGUACCUGUAUACAGAAUAUUCCGCGUUUUAUUUUUGGCAAAUUUUAGGGUUUACAUUAAAUAAACCGUGGGAUGUGUUGUGAAUUAUUUUGAAUCCUGUUUUCCUCCAUCAAUUCUCAGACUUCCUGCACCUGUGUUUUUAGUUUUUAAUUUGUCUUUCCCAUCUUGAUGUAACAUUUUUUUGUGUAUUUAGCUUCUCUGGAGGCUGCUGUUGUCAGUCUACUUCCCCACAAACACCUGGUACAAAUCACCUGAACCUUAAUUGUAGAAUCUGAGAUAGAAUUUUAGGAAUGUUUACAAAUUAGAAACUGUUUUUGUGAGUCUUUUGUUUUAGCAAGAUAAUCCUAACAACUGAAAAACACUAUUGAGCAUAAGAGUUUGGAUUUAGGUAUGCUCUUUUCUAAGCUAAAAACAAUUUCAGAUUUCUUUCUGCAAAGUGUUUUCCCUCAUUUAUUUUAAGUUAGUUGCUGUAAUUUCAUUGUGUUUAAGCCAUCUGUACAUUUGUGUUUGUUUUUUUUGGAGCUUUCAGUUUUACAUGUUUUGAAGGGCUAUGAAAACUUUGAAUCAUUCAGAAAGAGUUUUGAAGUGGUAACUCAUGAGGCAUAUGUAGCAAUAACAAAAUGACAUAGAUAUUGCUUGUUUAGAAUUGCAUUAGACAGAAGGCACACCUGGCUCACAAUGUGCAACAGGUAGUAUAGGAAGCACUGACCAUGACUCUUGACUUGAUCCAUUUUAUUCCAUUUUUAUGGACCUAAUAAGGGUGUAUUUACAUAACAAAUUUGUCAUACUUAAACAGUGUUGUACUCUGUAAAAAUGGUUUAAAUGUAUUCUCACAAAUUAUCUUGUGAGGGGGGUUGGUAAAAUUUGUUUUACAGUCUUAAUCUCAACAUUGCAUUUCUUUUAAAUAUAAUUCUGUUGUGCUUUGCAUGUUGCUUAUAAUGUAACAUGAACAAAUUAUUUAUAAACUUAACAUAGUCGACUACUUGUUUUUUGCAGGACAAUGUAACAGCUUUGACCAUAGUGGCAGAUUUUGGGUCCAUGCUGCUGCUGUACAUGGGGAGGUUUUAUGAAUGUUUUUUGUGUGAGCACCAUUGAAUAAACACAAAGUUAAAGGUU